AGUGUGGGACUUAUCGAUAGUGCUGGUACCGACCGCCGACGAAAAAGUGAUUUUUCCGCCAUCCUUCUCAACUUCUCCACACGAAGCAUUGCCAACCAACAAGAUGGGCAAAAGACCGAUCUCUGACGUCGUCACUGAAGACGGCGCGACCACCGUUCCCGAACUUUCAAGGAAGAAGAGCAAGAAGGACAAGAGCAAGAAGCUCAGCAAGACACCUGCAGCGGAUGCGAUCGAGACGAAUGGCGAUGCGCAGGCUGUAGAGGACUCGGAAGACGAAUCGAAACUGUCAAAGGCCGAGCGUAAGGCAGCGAAGAAAGCAAAGAAGGCGGCUAAAGAAGCGAAAAAAGCGCUGAAGGUUGCCGCGGGUGCCGAUUCAGACGAGCCCAAUGGCCAGACUGCGGAAGAGAACGAGGAAGCCAUCAAGGCGGCAGAAAAGGCUGCGCGAAAGGCAGAGAAGAAGCGCCUGAAGGCAUUGGCCAAGGGCGAAGCUACCGAGCCUGUACCCUCCUCCAAGCCUGCACCGGUCGAAACCACAACGAGCGCAGCCACCGUCGAAUCGGGAGACUAUGUAGAGAGCAAAGAGCUGACCCAGCUUCCCCAGUCGGAGGUCGAUGCCUUCCUCGCCAAGAACACGAUGGCUAUCCAAGACCCCAAACCUGCCGCUCGCAAGCUCCGUCCCAUCCUGAACUUCAAGUACCUCCCUGUCGACGAUGCGCAACGCGCCUUCUUCGCCAAGUUCAGCGCUCCUACACCUAUACAAGCAGCAGUCUGGCCAUACUUGCUCUCAGGCAGAGAUAUGGUCGGUGUUGCGGAGACGGGUUCCGGCAAGACACUCGCGUUUGGUGUGCCCUGUGUGCGCUACAUCGCUGCGUUACCCAAGAACGAACGGAAGGGUGUCAAGGCUGUCAUUGUCUCACCUACGCGUGAGCUGGCUGUUCAGAUCUACGAUCAGUUGGUAGCGUUGGCGACACCAGCUGGACUAUCUGUAGUCUGCGUGUACGGUGGUGUGCCAAAAGACCCUCAGGUUGCCGCUUGCAAGAAGGCGCACAUCGUGGUCGCUACGCCCGGUCGUUUGAAUGACCUAAUUGGCGAUGGCUCAGCAGAUCUCAGCAAAGCCGAGUACGUAGUACUUGACGAAGCCGACCGCAUGCUUGAUAAGGGUUUCGAAGAAGCAAUUCGGCAAAUCAUCUCGCAGACGCCCAAGAAGCGCCAGACCCUUAUGUUUACUGCUACGUGGCCGCCUUCUGUUCGGGAUCUUGCGUCCACCUUCAUGAACUCGCCGGUCAGAAUCACAAUCGGCGACAACCAGUCUGGCGAGCUCCGCGCUAAUGUGCGCAUCAAGCAGCUCGUCGAGGUUGUCGAUCCCCGUGGCAAAGAGCAGCGUCUGCUGCAGUUACUUAGACAGUACCAAUCUGGCAAGAACAAGGACGAUCGUAUCCUCGUCUUCUGCCUGUACAAGAAGGAAGCAAUGCGCAUCGAGGACUUCAUCCGCAGGCAGGGCUUCCGCGUGGGUGGAAUCCACGGCGACCUGAGCCAAGAAAGGCGCAGCGCCUCACUGGCGGCGUUCAAAGAAGGACAUGUGCCCCUCCUCGUGGCGACGGAUGUUGCUGCACGAGGUCUCGACAUCCCCGCGGUGAAACUCGUCAUCAAUGUCACGUUCCCUUUGACAGCGGAGGACUACGUUCACAGAAUUGGUAGGACGGGUCGUGCCGGAAAGGAGGGUUUGGCGAUCACGCUUUUCACGGAACACGACAAAGCACUCUCCGGAUCGUUGAUCAAUGUUCUCAAGGCAGCGAACCAGCCCGUACCCGAAGAGUUGAUGAAGUUCGGUACAACUGUCAAAAAGAAGGAGCACGGUGCAUACGGCGCCUUCUACAAAGACACCGGGGACUCCAAGGCCGCUACUAAGAUUACUUUUGAUUAGGUCGUAUGGGUCUAAUGUGUGUUGUCAAAAGCGGACUUCGGCAUCCCGUAACAAAGCUGGUCGGCGAAGUAGAUGCCGUAGGCUACAGCUGCAGCGCGAAGAUCGACUUUUAAACCUAGAACCAUUUGUCUAGCGGAGGCGUUUCGGAUCAUGCAAAGCAAAAGUUCCGGUAGUGUACAUUGUUGUAGAUCGCGAUUUUGAUUAGUAGAGAUCUGAUUAGCUUGCACAAUACCUCACUCUUCGUGGGGAACGGUUUCAUCUUGUGC